UGAGUGGUUAAAUGUGUUAGGCUCGCGGCCCCCCGUCAAGCACCACCAAAACAAACUCAAAAUCUGGCCUAGGUGAAACCUUAUUUGUUGCAGCUACACUACAGCUCUUGGACUGCCCAGGAGGUGAUAUCAAUCUCCCCAGUUGUCCAAAAAGUUGAGAUACGCCCUUCCACAGCUAAUUACGAUAAAAUAAUGUGUCUUUUCGAACAAAUUAAGUUACUCCAUGAGAAUGGACUUCAUUCGAAUCUCAUCGCCCUGGGCUGCUUGGUACUAACUGUUGCAGAAAACCAACCCGAAAAUUCCCUCUUACCACCAGCUCGCUACCAGACUUUGGUUUAUGUGGGCCGUUCACUUCAGAAUCAGGGUGAAUACCGGCGAGCAGAAGCUACAUUUAAGGAAGCACUUCAAUAUGCAAAAGCAGCUGCGAAGACCAAGGUUGCUAAGACUUCAGAUAUGUUCAAGGAAGGGCUGACAGAAAUAGAUGUUAAAUAUGCGAUGGCUGAGUGUAACAUUGCUGUUCGACAAUUCAGUCAGGCUCUCACACUUCUGGAAUCUAUCCCACAACGGCAUCGCACACCAAAGGUCAACAUGGGUUUGGGACGUCUGUACCAGCAGGCUGGAAUGGAAAGACCUGCCAUUACAGCUUACAAAGAAGUGUUAAAAGAGUGUCCGCUGGCAUUAGAGGCUGUCCAGGAGCUUCUCAGUCUUGGAGUUCGAGGAGCUGAAGUAGCAUCUCUAAUGAUCAAUAUUCAUGGGAACUCAGCCGGAACAGAGUGGUUGUCUGUCUGGGUCAAAGGUUAUGCAUAUUUACAUACCCGGGAUUAUUCAAAUGCAAUCAAUUCCUUCAGACAGCUAGAGGAGAAUUCUGCUCUUAGUAGAAAUGUUGACAUUUUAGCUACCUUGGGCGAAACAUAUUAUCUUGCUGGAGACUCAAAGAAUGCCCUUACAAUGCUUCAGAGGGCUCAUUCAGUGAAUCACCUCAACCUGCGUGGUUCAGAUUUGCUGGCAUGCUUGUUGGCAGCAGAUAAGAGAAAUCGUGAACUGGAAGAACUAGCCAUGGCAACAACAGCUGUGACUGAUGCAGCACCUCAACCAUGGAUCACGAUGGGAUAUUAUUGCCAGCUUAGUAAAAGAACUACAAAAGCCAUCUAUUUUGCACAUAAGGCCUGUUCCAUCAACCCACGUAGUGUUGAAGGCCUUCUUCUCAAGGGGACAUUGCUUCUGGAACUAAAAAAGUUACAAGAAGCUGUCAUGCAUUUCCGAGAAGCAAUGCAGAUUGCACCACAUAGGUUCGAACCGCACAAAGGAUUGGUAGAUUGUUAUCUUGCAAUGCAUCGAUCCAGAGAAGCUGUGACAAUAGCUAGCAAUGCAUGCAAGUUACUUGGCCAAACUCCAAGGGCUCUCACG